AUGGCCUUGCGCGACAUCAUACGACGGUUCAAGGCAGAGUUUGGCCGCUCCUCGUGGAGCAUACUAAUGCCAGCACCGUGCGUCACCGCACUGAACGCUCUCGUACAUUACCUUGAUUCGUCCGACGUGCAGGACCUCUUUCAAGAACUGUUUACCUUGCUCUCCGAAAGCGCACUACGUUGGAACGUCACCAAGGGCAUGACGCGAGUCAUCCUCGGCAUGAUCGAGAGUAAAGGGGACGCCGUGCCUCCGGAGCUGCGCAAAAGCCUUCAGGCAAUAGCCGCGGGCCAGUGGAAGUCGCAAGAUCACCUUCAGUUCAGCAGCAGUUAUCCCAACUACGUCAUGGUUCGCCAGAAGCUCGAGGCGCCCGAGAUGAGUGACCUCCUUGAGCAAUGGGCCGGUCUGAAUUUUGGUGAUGAGCCCGCCGAGAUUGGAGAUUCUACUGAAGCAGGAGCCGCUAAAGCAUUGGGUUGA